CUCAGCCUCAGCGCUCGGCAGCGCUGCUGUCCAGCACUCGUGCUGCACUCGGCUGCUUGCGGCACUGUUUUUUUGCAGCUAUCUGAGCAAUAUGGCGGGGCGCGGCUGGAGCCGGCGCCUAAUAAGGUAUCGGUAUAGUACCUUAUACCUCGGUAUGGUACCUCGCAGCGCCCCAGGCCUGGGCCGAGAGCCGAGAGCCGAGGCAGCCGCACGGCCGUCGCUCGUCGGGCAGCACAGCACGCCUGUCUGGGCAGCCCCUGAGCCGGGCUAGCCCGCUCGCGCCGUCGGGCAGCCAGGAUGGCCGCCGCACCCCCCGAGCAGCCUGGAGACGCCAAGCCGCAGGAGAGCGGCCCGCCGCCGCCGCCGGACAUGGAGGAGCUUGUCGAGGACAUCGAGUACGAGGCGCGCGUCGAUAGAGACGUGUCCGGUGUUGUGGAUGUCGUGCGCGACGCGCUCGAGGACCACGGCAAAAACAUCUUGGACGUGGCUGGUGCUUGUGCGGACAAAGCCGACGACGACGUCACCGCACUACAAGAUGAGGAUGGUGUUGUAGACCCCGAGGCCGUGGCGUCGAAGUGUAGAAAAGUACGAUUACAAUUGGGAUAUGACCUAGAGAAGGCCUGGCGCAAAGCUGUUAAUGACUCCUGCGAUUCUACAAGAGAGUUGGUCGAUAACGCCUUGGAAGCGCACGCGACGAAGACCCAUCGUAGAUUAAGAUGGCUCAAGGGCCGGUUCCUCGAGAGUCUCACGACCCAGAGGGGCGCCUCCAAGGCUAAUGAGAGGAACCUGAGGACCCAGUAUGCUGGUGAACAGAAACAAGCAUUAACAAAACAAAGGGAAUUACAUCGGGCGGCCAUCGCCGAAGUUCUAGAUCGCAUCAAGAAGCAAGAGCAAGAGUCCAAAGCUAGAUACGAUGCUCUCGAGAGAAGGUGCGCCUUGGCCGAAGGUAGGCUAGAACGAUCUGGCAUAGAAUGCGAGAAUCUGAAGAGUGAACUCUCGUUAUACAAGAUCGAGGACGACGAGAGCGAUAUCGAUCCGAUCGACCGGAUAUUUAUCAACGGUGAGAUGAACCUGAGGUCCACGGGAGUCGAGCGCUUGCAAGCCCUCGAGAAAGGUGAUCUCUGCACGCAAGGCGAGAGUACGGGAGUAGGCCUGUCGCCGGAAAACUUCCGGAAAAUCAAGGCUGAGUUAAGAAGGUUAAAAGGUACCAUAAAGAUGCUCGAGAUAUCACUGAAAGACACGCAACAGACUCUACAAAAAAGAGACUGGAUGAUCACGGACCAGAAGAAUUCGCUCGUCAAAGAAAAACAGCGCUGCGACAAGUUGCUCGACAAAAAGCAAAAACACGAGCGCGAGAUCCGGAACCUCCUGAAACGCAUCGAUGCGACGAACAAGGCGCUGGAGAAGGAGAAAUCGGUAAGGAAGAAGCUCCAGACCGAGCUCGAGAAGCGGCCGUCUCCGGAACCGGAGCGAAGCUCGCGGAGCUCCCGACCGUCGCAAAUUCAAAGGAGAAGGUCCUCGCGCGAGUCGACCGCCGAGCUGUCCCUGCCCGCGUCGCCGCCGCCGUCGCGCGAGCCGCUGCGGCGGGCCGAGUCGGCCGCGCGCAUGUCCGAGCCUCCUUCACCACAGCGACGCCCGGCGUCGCGCGACCGGCCCGCGUCGCGGGCGCGGACGCCCGCCGCGGAGUCCGAGGGGAGUCCCUACUUCCCCGACGCCGACCAUGAUCCUUUACUAAGAGUGUCGCGGCCGCCGUCCUACGACGACUAUGUAGAUGAGGAGCCGCGUGUGAUUAUUCAGAGAGACGUCCGGGUGGAGGAAGCGUUGAAGAAGCAGGCCAAGGAGUACAAGGCCAAGUGUCGACGGGAGCGCGACGAGGCCGUCGCGAUCAUCACUGCGAGGGCCGACGGCGAGACGCGGAGGGCCAAGGUCGCUCACGAGAAGUGUCAGGGUUUAGAAAGGGACGUCUCCCGUAGCUUGGAGAGGAUAGCGAGGUUGGAACUCGUCGUCAGCGAGAAGACGGCUUUAGUAGGUGAGCUCACUAGAUUAGCUCGAGAACAACGCGCACGGGCCGAGGCCGCGGAAAAACAACAAAAAUUACAUGUGACGUCCAUCGGCGACGACAUUUCGCGCUACCAGACGGGCCCGACGAAGCGGACGACGCCUUUGUUGGAGCCCGUGACGGGCCGCGUCGGCCACGUCGGCGCGCCCCUGCGCCAGCCGCCGCCGAACGCCGACCACGUACCGGGGCCGCCCCUCAAACAACGAUUGAGGGCCCAACUGCGGUUCCAAGUGAAUAGGAGACGGAUUAUCGAAGAGGCGAAGCUCAUGGCCGGGGCGGAGUAACUGGUGUUUCUUGGCUUCUUCUCUACUAUUCCCUUC